AUGUCAAUUAUUCUGUACAUAAUUUGAAAUUCUUUCACAAAUCUCAGCCUGAUUUCAGACAUAAAAGCUCUAAUUGAUCAAAAUUUUCAAGAUCAAGCUGAUUUUAGCCUUGUUUUCUCUCAAAAUCUUUCAGGUUCCCAUCUUACUGCAGGUAGCCAAAAUAUCAUUUUAGAUCUCGGUUUCGACUGAUCACUAUCAAAAUCAAUAAAAGAGUUUGCUGAAGAAAACCAAGCCAUAAUAAUUAACAUUCAUAGGUCUAUUGGAUCUUUUUCAGAAUGAGAAUUUUUUACGCAUUGCUCAUGGAAAGACCAAAGUGAAGCGCUUUUUAUUGUUACUACUUAUUUAAAUUGGCAAAAAUUUAUAGUGAUUUCUGAUGAAAUUUACAAUCAAGAUGAUGAAUUUUUUAAUUUAUUUUAUGAUAAAGAUUAUCAGUGGUAUUUUUUUUCGAAUUGCAAUGAUGAGAACUCGGCAGAUUUGUUUAUUGGAAAAAUUAUUCAGUCUAUUGGUAUUAGAAACAUUGUGAUAUUAAAUAAAGGUGAAAGUGCAAGAUUGCUUUUGAAAAGCUUAGAGCAGCAUAAUUUCUUAAUAAAUGGUACUGGAAUAAUCGUAGGAAGUGAGGGCUCAUGAGGGUUAUAUGGAAAUGGAGCUAUUUCUUAUGCGGAAUCAGGAUUGGAAAGCGCUAAUAGUUACAAUAGUUAUGAAAGCCUAUCAAUUAUUAAAUUUUUAAAGUUAGUAUUCAGUUUUCCUCCGGCUUCAAGCUCAUUAGAAUUACUUGAAUUUUUAAACAAAAACACUAUUAACCAUCAUCCAAUCUCCAAUUUUACGCUUCUCAAUAUGGAAAAUAAUAAAACUAUAGGAAAGGGGAGCAUUUUUGAUCGAAAUUUAACAAUAUCAAAUCCCCUAAAUUUUCCAGGAAAUUCUUCAAUCAUCCCGAAUUCUCCAACCACAGAUGUAAAUAUAUGAAUUGGAGAUGGCACAAAGAACCCAAACUCUCCUUCAGACCCUUCCAACUGAGAUCUUUUGCUCAGCUGACUGAUCUUUUCCUAAAGCCAAGCUCUACCAUAGAUUCAACGGGCUCCUGGGAUAAGAUGCUGGAAGGUGGUGUGGCAGAAAGGCGUUUGGUACGAAGACUGGGUAGUGUAGGCCGCAUAAGUAUAGGCACGAUUCAAAGUCAGCAAAGAGGCGGAUCAACUGUGCAAAAGGUGGAAGCAAGUUCCCAGCUCAUUAGGCUAUAAGUUGAGAUGACGAAGCUAAUUGGGCGUAAUCGCAUUGUAGAUGACGAAGCAAAUGAUGGAUAAAUGCGAAGAUAAGCCACCUUGGUAUUGUUAGUUCGGCAAUAACCACCUAAAGCCUAAAUUGUGAAUUUGGUUCGCAAUAAAACAGUCUUGAGAGCUCUAAAUUAAUUUAUUCAUUCGCUCCUUCAGAUCCUUCAUCAACAAGAUCAAUGCUAGGAGAAUAUCUAGCUUUAAGCUACUGGAAAAGCUUGCAUGCUUUAGAUGGUUUUAACAUAACAGUAACUCAUACAGAUUGCGGGGCAUUAGCUUAUAAUGCAACUUUAGGGCUUUCUUGUUUUUCUAACCUUCUUGCUACUCCUGGAGUAGGCUAUUUAACUUCACUUUAUCCUUUUAUUGCUAUUGGCUAUAUUUAUACAUUGAGAUCUUUAAACUGCUCGAUACCAAAUAUUUCUCCAUAUGCCCCUUCAAAUCUUUUGCAGAAUCAAACAUUGUUUCCUGAGUUUAUGACAGUAACCAAAGACGAUAGAUUCAAUAUUCAGGUCAUCCUAGAUCUUGCAGUUGUUUUUGGAUGAAAAAGAUUUAUAGUAGCUUACGAUAAAGAAAAUAUAGAAAGUUACAAAUAUUUUUUAGCAAAAAUCGAGCAGUUUAAUAUGGAAAUCGUAAAUAAUCCUGACCAAAGAAUGAUAGAGUCAUACUAUACCGUAGAUAAAUACUCAGAAUGGGAAAAUUGGUUUAAAAGCAUAAUCAGCUUAAAAGCUAGACUUUUUAUUAUUUUUUUUGCGCCUCCUUAUUGGUUCAAUGUAGUUGAAAGUUUUUAUGAUGCAGGUCUAAGAAUAGGGGAUUCCAUUUUUUUAUUUAAUGCAAAGGUGGUUUAUUCUAUGAUUUGGGAAAAGAACCCAAAGCAGCUGAAUAAGCUUAUAGAGAUAUUAUAUGGAACAGUUAUCAUAAACCAAGCUGAGUGAAUUGGAGAUUUCGGAAAAACAAUGAAAAGAGAUUAUAUAAUAACUUAUGGUAAAUCUACUGAUUUUCGUUGUUUAGCAUUUGAUGCUGCAAUGCUGCUUUUAAAUGGAAUUGAAUUUACUAUAAAGCAAGGCAAAAAUGUGAUGAAUUAUGAAAUAAUGAAUAGCAGUUUAAGAAAACAGAAAUUCUUAGGAUGCUCUGGGACUGUAUCAAUAGAGCAAGGAAGCAAUCAGAGAAGUUUGCCUACAAUAGGGAUUUAUAAUAUAAAAUGAAAUAAUAGCGCCCAAUCAUUAUAUGAGGACUUUGUUGGUAAAUAUGAUGCUAGCAGUGUGCAAUUGAUUACUUUAUAUAGCAGCAUUAUAUGAUAUGACAAUACAACAAUAAUUCCAACUGAUUUAAUAAUAUAUGAAAAUGGCUGCCCGUUUCCUGAAAAAUUAAUAUUUCGGUCUGAAAAAGGAGCUGGAAUUUUAUAUUUGAUUUCAGGCUCAUUAAUAAUUAUUACAGCAAUUGAAGCACUUUUUAUAUGAAAAAUGUUUUGAAAAAAUAUUAAAAUUGAAAAAUUAAAAAAUGCAGUCCAAGCUCACAUUGAAGAUUAUUUUUUAAUGGGAAUUCUGGCUGUAGAUUCUUUGCAAUUUAUUUCUCAGGGGCCUGAUAUUCCUGAAUCAUUUUUGUGAUUAUCAAAAGCUUGCAGCUACUCACUGGUUAAUUUUGAUUCUUCUGUUAAUGGAAAUUUAUAUUGGGGUUACUUGUAUAUUGCUCAGAUUAUUUCGUGCUAUUGAGUUAUUACAGCAUUUAUAUUGAUUUGCAAGUUAUUUAAUAUUAAUUCUGCGAUACUGCAAUACGCCAGAAGCCUCGCCUUACUUUUGCUACCAAUUAUAGGACACUUUCUAUUUGUCCCUAUAAUUUCAGUUCUUUUAAGUAUUUUUCAAUGCGAUCAAGGGGUUGAUUCAAAUAUUACUGAUUCUUUUAUAAGACAAGACUGUAAUACGUAUUGCUGGGAUAAUAAAUAUUUUAUAUGAGGCAGCUUCUCAAUAGCUUCUUUAGUUACCUAUAUCCCUCUUUCUAUUAAUUUCAGGUAUUUUCAUCAAAACAUCAAUGAUUAUAUAAACAUAAAAAUGAAGCCAAUUUUUAUUCUAGAAAAAGCUAUUUUCCAGGUAAUAAUUGUUUCUAUGAAUAAAACAUUAAAAAUUUACGAUGAGUCUUUGCAUGGCCUUUGCUGCAUUAUCCUCAUCUCUAUAAUGAUUUUGUUAAGCUUUAAGCAAAGACCUUAUAACUAUAUCAGAAUGAAUAUUUGGUUGAUAAUUUCAUAUUUUGGAAUUUUAUGGAGUUUUAUAUUAUCAUCACUUUAUUGGUAUACAAAAUUCGAAGCAUUAAUGAUGUGGACUUUACUUCAAUAUUCGGUAUGGUUUUGACUGAUAAUAAUUGGAGUUUUAAUUCAAUUUAAAUUUUUCCCAAGCUUAUUGCUUACUGAAAAAGCAGCUGAUAUUUCAAUUUUUUUCAGAUUUUCAAUAGGUAGUAAAAUUUCAGCAAUAGAAAUUAAUAAAAUGUUAAAAGAAAUAAGGGAUAAAACUAUGUUCAAGAGCAGCUAUUUAAAUAUUGAUUCUCAAUCAGGUUCGAAUUCUAAAGAUAAUAUCAUACCAGAAUAA